AUGGUCAACAAUGACCAGUACAAUGGCUAUCACCGCUGGCCAAAGGAAUGGGAAGAGUCUCAACCUCUGGAAAUGAACGAAGCCCAAGCAAUCCAGCAAGAACUGCCCACGACAUACUAUCCGCACCCGGCAUUCGAAGAUGCAGAACAUAUGACCCAGUUUGCCUACGCCGCCUACGUCCGAUCCCGGGAUAAUCAGCGCAGAGUGUCCCAGUCUCAACCUGACGCGGAUGCCAGAGCGCCCACUCCGUUGGAGAGACCAACAGACUCUCGAUACCCUCACCUACCCCCAUCAUACGAGGAAGGGUGGCUCGCAUUGAAACAGCGCCGGCAAAAUCUGCAGCAGCAGUACCAACCGCACUACCAACAGCCGCAGCAACAGCUACAGUACCAGUCACAAUAUCAGUCGCAAAAUCAGACGUAUUACAGUCGACAGCAGCAAGAGCAACAAUCACGACUACCGGAGCGGCGCAGGCAACAAGAAGAACAGCGAGAGCAGGAACGGGAGAAAUCGCGACAACAAGAACGGCAACGACUACAGGAAGAGCAUCAGAAGCAGUACCAGCAACAGCAACAACUGGAGCAGGAGCGCCAGAAAGAACAAAAACAACGUGAAUGGGAGAUUCAGCAACAACAACAGCAGCAAGAAGAGCGACGCCGACUUAAAAAGGAACGGAAAAAACAAGAGCGACAGAAGGAAGAGCAGCAGCAACUUCAACAAGAACUAGACCGACGUCGACGAGAGGAGCAGCAGCGACAACAGAUCACUCUUAAUGCGCAGCGGCGGCAAUAUGAACGACACUUGGGUACCAUUUCGAGCUCGCCAACAUAUCCUACCGGGGCUGCGCAAUCUGGGCCGCGGUUCUCACAGGAUCCGCCUUCCAAAUCGCGUCGAUUGAACAAUGGGGCGAAAGUUAAAGUCAAACAAACACCGCCUGGCUCUGUGGCUCGAACAUUCAAAGCCGGCGAUUAUGUUCGAAAUUCCCCAUCCCAAUCACAUGCUCCGCUGAAGAGGGAUAUGAUUCAGCCCAUGAACAAUGCCGACGAGCUUAAGAAAUUCAGCUAUGAUCCGACGACGAUUGCGCACGAUGUGUUGAUCAAUUGCGCCAAACAUCCCACGGAAAGGCCCUUGAAUGAGCACAUGCAGGCUCUUCGUAAAAAGUUUCCAGAGGUUGACGCUUCUAAAGACUUGACUACUUUCCGCUGGGACCUUGUGGAAGAGGCCCAGGCGAGUUUGGCUUCCCAAAUUCGGGAGACUGGGGCUGCACUACCUGUGUCUGCACUAGUCUAUACACCAGCACCAGCACCCGCGCGUUCAGCGCAGCCUGUGGCACUCCCACCACCUACCCCUAUCGGAGCUCCUGUUCCAGUCACCAGGCCCCCAGUAGCAGGGCCUCCAGCACCCGCGAUGCUGCCAGCACCGGCACCAACAACUGCGACUUUGCGACCAUCAACACUCCCAGCAAACGCGGCCGCUUUACCGUGGGUUGAUUUGCGCGUCCCCCGUUCUCCCAAUCCACAUUCUAACCUACGAGCCACCCCCACUGCGACUGAGACGUCCAAAUCUCAACCUGCCCGGGCUGAAACUCCGCGCUCGCAUCCCUCCAACUCCUACCCCGAGCCGCAGGUUAUCGUCCCACCCUCCCCAGCUAAGAUGUCUACUAUUAAGAAGAGAGGCCGACCCAAGAGGGUUGUUGAGGUGGCGAUCCCCGCUCCGGAGCCCACUAUCCAAUAUCCCGUGUUUCGGUGCCGAUGGGAUGACUGCCGAGCUGAGAUGCAUAAUCUGCAAGCUCUCGAAAGUCAUGUCAUGCAGAUGCACAUCCCAUACAGCUUAACUUGCAACUGGGAUGGCUGUCGUGACCAGAAUCCCAGGGCAGCCGCGGCAGACAACAGCAUGGUGGUCGCAUACGCUCGAUCGCAUGGAAAUCAAACAACGGAGCUAAGCGCCCGUGCAAUGACCGAUGGAGGUAUUCGCUGGCUCGACGAUGCUGGCGUGACUGCGGAGGCGAGCAGUCACCGAAUUUCACCUGUCAUGUGUCAGGAGACGGUCAACCAGGAAGAAAUGGUGCUGGCUAACUGA